AUGCUACACAAAAUUGGUGGUGCAAUUGUGGAAGAGGAAAAGCUAGAACUUAGGAGGUUGAAUCAAGUCAAUAGCUCUUACAGAGAUGGCGACGACGACGACGACGACGACUACGAAUUUGCUGACCUGAUCAACUUCCUCUACGAUAUUUUCGUUGACCAUUCAUCCGAUGACGAAACAGCGACGACGUCAACUCUGUGGGCAUGGUGGAAGACGAAACCAUUGAGUUGCUGUGCUAACACCGUCCAAUUAGUUGACACUGGCAGUGUCCGCACAUUUGCAGACACACAUUCUGCUCAACAGUAUCAAAAGGAAAUUCGUGAAGAAGAGUGA